AUGAGUGAUAUUGACGACGCGAAAGUUAGUGAUAUGGAAAUUGAUAAUGGUAUCAAUUUUGAUGAUGAUAAUCUUGCAUUAAAUGAUUCUAAUGAUAUGUUGAUGUUAGAUAUUGAUGUUAAAUCGGAAUCUGAUGAAAAAGAUCAACAAUUACCUGAAUUGGAUGAAUCAAAAAGUCAAUCUGAAGAUUCAAAUGAUGUUGAUGAUCAAUCGAUUGAAGACAUGAUGAUACAGGAUUCUCCAAAUGAUUUCCAAAAAGAUUCUGUACCUGAAAUAUCGUCAAAAGGUGAUUCUGGCGAAGAAGAAUCUUUAAAACCUUCAGAAUCUUCAUUACCUACCAUUGAUGAUGAAGUAAGUAUUCAAGAAGUUUCGAAAAUAAGUGAUAAACCUAUAAAGGAAGAAGUCACCGAUGAAGGAAACAAGAAUGAAGAAAGCAAAAUCGGAGGAAAUAAAGAUGAAGAUAAAACUGAAGAAAAUAAGAAACAAGCAGAAGAAGCUAAAGAAGAAUCUAAAAAGGAAAAAGAAGAAUGGUUAGAACCAGAAAUCGAUGAAUCAACUGUAAGACCAUUCAAACAAACUCAUACUGUUAUUAUACCUUCAUAUUCAUCAUGGUUCAAUAUUGAUAAAAUAAAUAAAAUAGAGAAAACUUCAUUACCAGAAUUCUUCAAAAAUCAUCCAUCAAAAUCACCUAAAAUUUAUAUUGGUUAUAGAAAUUUCAUGGUCAAUGCUUACCGUCUUAAUCCCAAUGAAUAUUUAACAUUAACAUCAUGUAGAAGAAAUUUAGUUGGAGAUGUGGGGUCAAUUAUGAGAGUAUUCAAAUUUUUAAAUAAAUGGGGAUUAAUCAAUUAUCAAGUAAACCCUACAUUCAAACCAAAUUUCAAUUUAGAAAGAUUAGCAAACGGAAAUUUAGCUCCAUUACCUUUCGCUGGAGAAUUCAAAAUUAGUUAUGAUACCCCAAGAGGUUUAUUCCCCUUUGAAACUUAUAAAGUUAAUUCUGAUUUAAAUGUUGAAAAAUUAAAACAUUUAAUUACAAAAUCUGGAAAAGAUUUCAAAAAUAAUGAUAUUAAAACUAAUGAAAUUAAUGAAGAUAAUGAGAAUAAUGAAAGAAUUAAAAGGGAACAAAAUUUCGAAGAUGAAUCACCAAAUAAGAAAGUAAAAGAUAAUUGGAAUAAUGAAGAUGAAUCGAAAUUAUUAAAAUUGAUCAAUCAAUAUAAAAAUGAUUGGUUUAAAAUAUCCAAAGAACUUGGUAAAACUCCACAAGAAUGUAUUUUGAAAUUCUUAAAAUUACCAAUUGAUGAUAAUUUUUCAAAAUUAUCAAUAAAAGAAUUCGAAUUGAUGAAAUUUUCAUCCAAUUUCCCUGUUAAUAAUAUCGAUAAUCCAAUCAUAAAUAAUUUAAUUUUCAUGAGUCAAUUGGUUGAUAGUGAUGUAGCUAAAGUUGCAAGUGAAGAAGCAUCCAAGAAAAUGCAUGAAAAAUUAUUGGAAAAAUUAAAUGGUGAUGAAAAAAUUGAUGAAGAUAAACAAAAACAAGAAAUCAAAGAUAUUGAAGGAUUAAUUAAUUCAACAUUAUUUGGUAUAAUUGGAUCAAAAUCAUAUCUUUUCUCCAAAUUCGAAGAAAGAGAAAUGUUUAAGAUUUCAAAUUUAAUCAUAAAUCAAGAAUUAAACAAGAUCAAUCUCAAAUUAGAUAAAAUCAAUAAGUUAGAAAAAAUCUAUGAAAAUGAAAGAAAACAAUUAAUUAAAUCACAAGAAGAAAUAUUCAUUGAAAGAUUAAAUUUAACCCAAUCAACAAUAAGUAUUUCAAAGAAAUUUCAAGAUAUUAUUAAAACAUUAGAAAAGAAUGAUAUUUCAUCAGAGAUUAAACAAUCAUUAAAUGAUAUCAAAUCAUUAAUCUUUAAACCAAAUAAAUCAAUAUUAAUUGAAAAUGAUAAAACUGAUGAAAAAGAAGUUGAAAUCAAUGAUAUAAUCAAUCCUGUAUCAGUUACAGAUCCUCAAAAUUUUAAAGUCUGGGUACCUUAA